AUGACGUCCCUGAGCAGCAGGUUUGUGAUGCAUGUUCAGCCCAGACCCCCUUCGCCACCACCUCCACCCUCUGCAUGGGGUUGACCCCCUGACCCUUGACCCCUGACAGGCUUCACGCUCAGUAACUAGCCACGCCCACAGAGCACUCACUUACCCAUAAUCCUGUUGGGCUGAUAAUGUGAUCCAACCCAAACAGUGACUGACCGUAGUGGUAUGUUAAUAACCAGGGUUUGGAUCCAUUCCAUUUCAAUUCAGGGGAUGAAUUAAGUUGAAAUGGAAUUAGCCCCAAACCUAAGUGUAACGGCUGAAUAGAUGGUGGACACAGCUUCACUAAUGAAUAACUCUACUGUGUCUGUCUGGCGUCCCAGUCACAGAAUGUGUCAGGUCACCACUGCUCUCACCUUGAAUGAUGCUGCGUGGUGUUUUUGACUAGAGGAGGGUGUUGUUUAUUUUUGUUGUCACACUGCUAUUUGUAAACAAAGGCUCAUAGUUAUCCUCAAGUUAGUGGCACUGGUUCGAGUCGGAAAGAGGAACUCGCUGAGAGUGGAAAUGUGAAGCAUACGUUUUCAAUUCAAGAGUGAUACAUGUCUCUGACUCUAUCUCUUUCUCUUCCCGUCUACCUCUCACUCACUCCUUUGUGAUAAUGAGUAGAGGUAACUCCUUGUUGUCUAUAUUCCAGGUGACCAGGACCUCCUCUGAGAGCAUCACCUCUGUCCCAGUCUCCAGUGCAUCUGGCUCUCCUAGCAGGGUCAUCUAUGUAAGCACCACCUCACCUCGCCACUAGAGGGCAUCACAGGACAACAGUGGCCAAUAACCAAAUAUAAUCAAAUGAAAUUGUAUUUGUCACAUGCCGAAUACAACAGGUGUACCUUACUGUGAAAUGCUUACUUACAAGCCCUUAACCAACAAUGCAGUUCAAGAAAUAGAGUUAAGAAAAUAUUUACUAAAUAAACUAAAGUCUAAAAAUUAAAUUAAAAAGUAACACAAUACAUUUACAUGACAAUAAUGAGACUAUAUACAGGGGGUACCGGUACCGAGUCAAUGUGCGGGGGUACAGGUUAGUCGGAGGUAAUUUGUAAAGUGACUAUGCAUAGAUAAUAAACAGCGAGUAGCAGCAGUGUAAAAACAAAGGGGGGGGGGGGGGGGGGGGUCAAUGUAAAUAGUCCGGGUGGCCAUUUGAUUAAUUGUUCAGCAGGCUUAUGGCUUGGGGGCAGAAGCUGUUAAGGAGCCUAGACUUUUGGUCCUAGACUUGGCGCUCCGGUACCGCUUGCCGUGCGGUAGCAGAGAGAAAAGUAAAUGACUUGGGUGACUGGAGUCUUUGACAAUCUUUUGGGCCUUCCUCUGACACCGCCUAGCGUAUAGGUCCUGGAUGUCAGGAAGCUUGGCCCCAGGGAUGUACUGGGCCAUACGCACUACCCUUUGUAGCGCCUUGCAGUCAGAUGCCGAGCAGUUGCCAUACCAGGCGGUGAUACAACCGGUCAGGAUGCUCUCGAUGGUGCAGUUGUAUAACUGUUUGAGGAUCUGGGGACCCAUGCCAAAUCUUUUCAGUCUCCAGAGGGGAAAAGGUGUUGUCGUGCCCUCUUCACAACUGUCUUGGUGUGUUUGGACCAUGAUAGUUUGUUGGUGAUGUGGACACCAAGGAACUUGAAACUCUCGACCCGCUCCACUUCAGCCCUGUCGAUGUUAAUGGGGGCCUGUUCGGCCCUCCUUUUCCUAUAGUCCACGAUCAGCUCCUUUGUCUUGCUCACAUUGAGGGAGAGGUUGUUGUCCUGGCACCACACUGCCAGGUCUCUGACCUCCUCCCUAUAGGCUGUCUCAUCAUUGUCGGUGAUCAGGCCUACCACUGUUGUGUCGUCAGCAAACUUAAUGAUGGUGUUGGAGUCGUGCUUGGCCACACAGUCGUGGGUGAACAGGAAGUACAGGAGGGGACUGAGCACGCACCCCUGAGGGGCUCCAGUGUUGAGGAUCAGCGUGGCAGAUGUGUUGUUGCCUACCCUUACUACCUGGGGGCAGCCCGUCAGGAAGUCCAGGAUCCAGUUGCAGAGGGAGGUGUUUAGUCCCAGGAUCCUUAGCUUUGUGAUGAGCUUUGAGGGCACUAUGGUGUUGAACUCUGAGCUGUAGUCAAUGAACAGCAUUCUUACAUAGGUGUUCCUUUUGUCCAGGUGGGAAAGGGCAGUGUGGAGUGCGAUUGAGAUUGCGUCAUCUGUGGAUUUGUUGGAGCGGUAUGCGAAUUGGAGUGGGUCUAGGGUUUCCAGCAUGAUGGUGUUGAUGUGAGCCAUGACCAGCCUUUCAAAGCACUUCAUGGCUACCGACGUGAGGGCUACGGGGCGGUAAUCAUUUAGGCAGGUUACCUUCGCUUUCUUGGCCACAGGGAAUAUGGUGGUCUGUUUGAAACAUGUAGGUAUUACAGACUCGGUCAGGGAGAGGUUGAAAAUGUCAGUGAAGGGACUUGCCAGUUGGUCUGCGCAUGCUUUGAGUACAGGUCCUGGUAAUCCGUCAGGCCCCGCGGCUUUGUGAAUGUUGACCUGUUUAAAGGUCUUGCUCACAUUGGCUACGGAGAGCGUGAUCACACAGUUGUCCGGAACAGCUGGUGCUCUCAUGCAUGCUUCAGUGUUGCUUGCCUCGAAGCGAGCAAAAAAGGCAUUUAGCCCAUCUGGUAGGCUCGCGUCACUGGGCAGCUCGCGGCUGGGUUUCCCUUUGUAAUCCGUAAUAUUUUUCAAGCCCUGCCACAUCCGACGAGCGUCAGAGCCGGUAUAGUAGGAUUCAAUCUUAGUCCUGUAUUGAUGCUUUGCAUGUUUGAUGGUUCGUCUGAGGGCAUAGCGGGAUUUCUUAUAAGCGUCCGGAUUAGUGUCCCGCUCCCUGAAAGCGGCAGCUCCAGCCUUUAGCUCGGUGCGGAUGUUGCCUGUAAUCCAAUUAAUUGCAAUUCAUCUGAUCACUCUUCAUGACAUUCUGUAGUAUAUGCAAAUUGCCAUCAUCAAAACUGAGGCAGCAUACUUUGUGAAAAUUAGUAUUUGUGUCAUUCUCAAAACUUUUGACCACGACUGUACAUAUGAUCUAGAUGAAUAGUUGAUUGGUUGACUCACGUGGGUUAGUGAUGGUCCGAGCAAAAGCCUGCCCAUCAUCCUGUAGGUCUCCAGGACCAGGGUUGUCCACUGUGCUAAGUUGACUACAGUUUUUAAACUGUGCUAUACCAUUCUCAUUUUGUCAUGAUCAAAGUGGUUGAUAUUUAAAAGCCUGAAUUGAUGUGUUUCUCUGUGUCCCAGGCCAAACUAGGAGAUGAGAUGCUGGACUAUAAAGACCUUGCUGCUCUGCCAAAGAUCAAGGCGAUCUACAACAUAGACCGGCCAGACAUGCUCUCCUACUCUCCCUAUGUCAGCUACCCCUCAGAGGAACAACACUACGGAGAGGUGAGGGGACAAGGAAGGGAACAAGGGAGCUGCCAUCUCUUUCUUUCUCUCUCUCUCUCUCUCUCUCUCUCUCUCUCUCUCUCUCUCUCUCUCUCUCUCUCUCUCUCUCUCUCUCUCUCUCUCUCUCUCUCUCUCUCUCUCUCUCUCUCUCUUUUCCUCCUCUCCCUCACUCCAUAAGCCAACCACAGAACUAACCUUUAUCAUCAGUCUCAUUCAAUGUAACAUCGAUAUGUUUAGGCUACGACAUGAUACUAAAAUGUUCCCUAUACCCAUCAUGAGGUUGCUACAACCUAGCCUAUGAAUUAAAGUUUACAACGUAGUUGCACAGGUCGAGAGAAAUUAGAGUAAUCAAGGUGUUCCUCUGUAGAGCACGGCGCUUGUAACGCCAAGGUAGUGGGUUCGAUCCCCGGGACCACCCAUACACAAAAAAAAUGUAUGCACGCAUGACUGUAAGUCGCUUUGGAUAAAAGCGUUUGCUAAAUGGCAUAUUAUUAUUAUUAUUAUUAAGGUGACAGACAGUGACACAUUCAAUACCGCCUUGCACACUCUUGCCUGCAUCUAGCUGAUUUAGGUUGUAAUCGUUAGUCCAACAGUUGCAAACAAGUUUCUAUUGGACAAAUGUAUGUAUGUUUAUCCCUGUUUAGCUCCGUUUGCUUCCAUUUAAGAUUUUUUUAUUUUUUACAGAAUCGGCGGAAUGAAUACACCCCUGAUCACACGCAAACACAGAACUAGCAGCCACAUAUAAACCGCAUGGUCCCUUUGCUCGUUGUGUAUAUUUUUCCUUCUCGCAUCUACGCUCUCUCCUCAUCUCACCUUUUCCCUUCGCUUGUGGACUUCAAUGCACAAUACAACAGCUGUCUGUGACCAGGCGAAAAAACCUUUCCGAGCCAACCUUUCAUACCAUAACCGCUAACCGCUAACCGCUACACACAGCCUACGUCAUUUUCACCAUAUUAACGUCAUUGUCAACGUAGCUACUAGAACUAACGUGUUAGUAAACUUGCUACAAUCAUGCAGUACAGUGUACAGCAAGCAGUUUAGCAGUUACACCGGUGGGCCCCGGUGGCAAUACAUUUAUAAAACCUUACCUUCCAGUGUUGCAUAGCCAUAGCCAUAGCCAGCUAGCUAACAUAGUAUCCCUCUGUUUUGAACUGUGUGUUUGAGUAGGCUAAACUAGCUAGCUGCAUUCACUAGCUGAGUAAGUGAAAGUAUGUUUUUAUAUAUAUACUGUAUAUACUACGAAAUAUAGCUCUCUCUCUCUCCCACUCACUCACACUUCUCCUUAAUUUUGGAAGAAAUGAAUUUGUUAAAAACAGUUUUUCUCUCACUUUGAGUCAACUACUCACCACAUUUUAUGCACUGCAGUGCUAGCUAAAUGUAGCUUAUGUUUUCAGCACUAGAUUCAUUCUCUGAUCAUUUGAUUGGGUGGACAACAUGUCAGUUCAUGCUGCAAGAGCUCUGAUAGGUUGGAGGACGUCCUCUGGAAGUUGUCAUAAUUACUAUGCAAGUCUAUGGAAGGGGGUGAGAAUCAUGAAAUAUUUUAGUAAAGUAACAUGAAUAAAUGAUAGUUAAUAAGUACUAAGCAGUAACUGCCACAUUUUCAUUUACAUUUUAGUAAUUUAGCAGACGCUCUUAUCCAGUAGUGAGUGCAUACAUUUUCAUUAAAAAAUAUAUUUUUUGUACUGGUCCCCAGUGGCAAUCGAACCCGCAACUCUGGCGUUGCAAGCGCCAUGCUCUACCAACUGAGCCACACAGGACUUGUAUUAAUUGUUUUAUUCUAUGUUGUUACAGCAUUCAACCCACAUAAUGCAUAGUGCAUUUAAUGUAAAAAAAAUUAAAUAAUAUAUAUAUAAACAGAACCGUGAUUAUCUGUUAGUAAUCGACCCGAAACCGAACAGACCUCAAAAAGCACUAAUCAUUGGGAGUGGUAUAUAUUGAGGUCAUGCUCAUUGAAUCAAAUGAAAUAUCCAUUCUAACUAACGAAUGUCAUGAUCAUGCUGUUUGUUUCAAUAACUCAAAUUACCUCAUAUGAUAUGAGUUCAUCCUCAUCGGCUGUCUUCCCAAUCUGUCUCCAGGGGCUCUCUCCUUCUCCAACAGAGGUAAAACACCUCAUAGUGGGCUCCACCCGGAAAUGACUCAUUUCAAUUAAUAAUUAUUCUAAAAUGUUAUCCCCAUAAUGUUGAUUUUAUAUUUACUGUUUAAUUAUUCUGAAAUGUUAUUGAUGAUUAUGUGUAAGAAUUAAGGUGUGUGCGUGUGUAUCUGUGUGUGCGUGUGUGUGCGUGUUUGUGUGUUCGUGCGAAGACAAAAGGGUGUUUUUAUGGACAUUUGCACACUUGUAAAGUGAUUGAUCAAUAUAAUUACAAUCACAUCCGUGAAAUGACGAUCAUCAGAUGUGGAGCAAACAUUUCUCUCUAAAACCGUGUUAUUGUACCCCACUGUGAUUACAAAGUGAGUGAACGUUCGGUGUUACGGAUUUGGCUGUAUCCGUGACAUCAGUUUCCCUCUUUGUAUGGCAACACUAUGACAUCACUUCCUGUCCUUGUUUCCAGGGUGACGGAGAGAAGUCUCCCCGUCAGAGGAGGCCCUCCAGUCCCAGCUCCAACAGCUCCCUGGGGAGGUAUGGAGGACACACCCCGUCUCGCUCCCCCCAGAACUACAGCAGGCCAGGUAGGUACCCCCCUCACCCCUCAUCCCUCACUGUCAGCUAGCAGUAGUUAAAAACACAGUAAAAUGCGGUAUAUUAGAGUUAAUGUAUAGUUAAAGUAUUUCACUAUUUUGAGUAUCAUACAUUAUUCUAAUAUAAUGAUAUAUACAAAUGUAGUCAAUAAUAUGCAGCAUAUAGUGCGUGAUGUAAUUUUUACCAUGUGCAUCAUAUUCCAAAAAGUGCAACCUGAUUUAGGUGUCAUCUUGAUUUGCUAAUUCUAUUACUUUAGAGAACACAUGUUUAGUUGACGAUUCUGUAAUUUUUUCUUCACUGACUUUUCCUGUUCCGACAUUUCAUGAAUACUCAUUCCUUUCUGCUCUCUGAAUGAGGUGGUAAUGCCAUCACGUAACAUGUCAUUACCACAGAAUGUGUAAAGAACAGUAUUGAUCUACUAUUGGGUGGGGGACAGUGCUAGUGUCCUUUGUGCCCUAAUAAACAUAUUGUCCUUCUCCUAAACCAUUUUCUCCUACAGAGGAUCUUUACAUGGCCAUUAAAGCAAUGGGUAAUAGGUAUGGCCAGGCCCUUGACUCCAGCUCCCUCCCCCACCCCUCGGCCUACACGGGGGGGCCUAAGUACCUUUCCUCCUUGGUUAGGGACUCCUCCCUCCCCUUGGACUACUCAGAGGGUCUACCCCCCAAGUACCCUGGGGGGCUGCAGGUGCCUGGGGCAUUGACACAGCCUGGCAGAAUCUCUCCCGGGGGCAGAGUCUCUCCUGGGGAUAGAAACUCUCCUCUGCCCCUCAACCCCACCACCCUGGCCAUGCUCCAGCAGCACAACUAUGUGCCCUACUUCAGAGGUAGCUAGUCCCUCCAAAGUCCCUAGCACGCUGUCCUGGACCCAUGGGUCUGCUGGUGUGGAGUGCAGUGUCAGCUUUAGACUAGACCUGUUCCCGGCUCUGCAGUGAUAAUACUGCAUGUCCCCCAUCCCCGGCUGUGUACAAACGUUCAACUAAUCAAUAGUAAAAUAAACAGCAGCACAAUGAGUCCCAUAAUUACUCUUCUAGACCUAUGACAUUUUUGUGUGCUGUGUUUCCCACAAUAUCUGCAUGGUUUCGGCUGUGUUGGUUUGAAAUAACAGUUUUACAUAUACUGAACAAAAAUAUAAACGCAACAUGCAACAAUUUCAAAGAUUUUACUGAGUUACAGUUCAUAUAAUGAAAUCAGUCAAUUGAAAUAAAUUCAUUAGGCCCUAUUCUAUGGAUUUCACAUGACUGGGAAUACAAAUGUGACCAACCGGCUCAAAAUUUGAAAUGUUGUUUUUUACAUUGGAUUAAAGUAGAGACUCAGAGCUAGAAAAUUGUAUAUCAUACACUUCAUUUGAGGAACAAUGGGAAAGUAAUUCUGGUUUGAAAGUUGAUAAACUUGUAACCCGACUUUUGAGAAAAUGACCCUUGGUUUUAGUACACUUACUGGAGAACUCUUCUUUGUCUACACCCAUUCAGCAUCGUUCACACCCUCUUAAGCCUUAGCCCCACCCAUCUCUUUAAGGAUUCACAUGUGAGGCCAUGUGCUAAACAGAGUGAGUACGGUAGUGUACUUACUAAACGACUAAAGGCUGGUUUAUACUACGUCUAUCGACAAGACUGUAGACAGUUGUCGCAGUGACAUCAUGAACAUUCUAUUGUCAUCUGACAUCAAACUUGUUGUUGUCAUUAUUAAAAAGUAUAAACACAAAAACUAUAGGCUGCAUGACAUCAGCAGCCUGGUGGUCCAAAAUAGCAUAUCUGGUGUAUUUUAACACCAAUUAACCCAUCCAUUUAAAAAUGAAUUUAGUAUAUGUCAAUCUAGCAAACCACGCAACUAAAAGCAACUUUCUAAACAAUGUUUUGGUUAGUUUCUAGCUAGUUAGCUAGCUGGCUAAUGUUAAGUUAGCUGGCUAGCCAAUUCAAAUGAGGCCCAUAUCAUCUAGCUGACAACGUCUUAACUUGAGCUAAUUUGUAUUAAUUAUUACAGGAAAAUAAACUCACAACAAAAUAAACUCAUUAUUUACAAGUUAAUGGCAAGCUAAUUACAGGAAAUAGCUUAAGGUUGUGAGUGUGACGCAGGGCAUUCUACUGGAGAAUUGUAGAAUUUAGACACUGUCUUGUCCUAAUCUGACGUUGGUGCAGGUCAUGUUGUUCUUCACAUUACCGUCUCUGGUAAACACACACUAUAUCAAAUAAAAUCUAAGUUUAUUUGUCACAUGCACAGGACACAUAAGGUGUAAAAGGUACAGUAAAAUAGUUACUUGCAUAGUGGAGUCUUUUGUUUAGACAUGUAGCUCAUUACUCAUAACGUUAAUACCCUGCAUGAAUCUGCAGGUAGCUAACCAACUAGGUUCAAUGUUAGCUAGCUAGCUAACAUUAGGCUAUAACUAGCAAUGCAAAUGGCUCUGAGAUACAAAUAAUAUUACUACACAGAUCAUACACAUAACAUUAGCUAGCAAGCCAGCCAGCUAACGUUAGCUAGCUAGCUAACAGUACUCUUUAACUUGCAAUGAAGACUUUCUAACAAAAUUAGAAACGUAUAAUAUCUGAAAAUGUAGCUAGCUAGACUCUCUUACCCGUAUACGUGGAUGAACACUUCUCCCUCUCUAUCACGGAUGCCAUGGUUGCCCUUAGUUUGAAGAUGUAAUCCGGAGGCAGGUGUUUUAUACAACAGACUUCUGUGUGUUGUCUUUCCGACUCCCCCCGCAUAUUUGCAAUCAAACGCCUGAAUUUUCUCUAUCUCCUUAGCUAUCAUACUCUGCUUCCACUGGGCAUUCCGCUGAUUUCAAACCUCGGUCCUCCAGAAAGUGGAGAGCAACACUUUUGCAGUUCUUUGUGAUAUCUUAAAAGAAAAGAAAACAUGUUAGAAAGGAUUACCUACACAUACUGAGCAGCUCAUAGACAGAAGCGUGCUACAUGGCAGACCAAUCCGAAUUCAUCUCUCGGCAUGUCCAGCCCAUCCAUUAUCUCAGCCAAUCACUAGUGGGAAGGUUCCUGUCUUUUUCCGUGGCUAAACCAACUAGAAUCAUAAUUUAACCAUUUUAUUCGUAUUUACAGAUGGCGUACACAUUUGUUAUUAAGGCACAUGAAAGUUCACAUGUUCCAGAAGGCAUUUCUGCCAAAAAACGCAUUUUGAUAAAAGAUGAAUGUUUACGUUCAAAUACCUCUCCUGUAAAGUAGACAUACACUUAGUUUCCUGAAACGAGUCACAAAUAUACAUCUGUUGGUCACAGAUACCUUUAAAAAAAAGGUAAGGGUGUGGAUCCAGUCAGUAUCUGGUGUGACCACCAUUUAUUUGCCUCAUGCAGCAUGACACAUCUCCUUCACAUAGAGUUGAUUAGGCCUGUGGCUGGAAUGUUGUCCCACUCCUCUUCAAUUGCUGUGUGAAGUUGCUGGAUAUUGGCGGGAACACGCUGUCAUACACGUCAAUCCAGAGCAUCCCAAACAUGCUCAAUGGGUGACAUGUCUGGCCUUGAAAGAACUGGGACAUUUUCAGCUUCCAGGAAUUGUGUACAGAUCCUUGCGACAUGGGGCCGUGCAUUAUCAUGCUGAAACAUGAGGUGAUGACGACGGAUAAAUGGCUCGACAAUGGGCCUCAGGAUCUUGUCACGGUAACUCUGUGCAUUCAAAUUGCCAUUGAUAAAAUUCAAUUUUGUUUGUUGUCCGUAGCUUAUGCCUGCCCAUACCGUAACCCCACCGCCACCACGGGGUACUCUGUUCACAACGGUGACAUCAGCAAGCCACUGAGGCCGGUUGGACGUACUGCCAAAUUCUCUAAAACGGCUUAUGGUAGAGAAAUGAACAUGAAAUGAUCAUGCUGUUUAAUCAGCUUCUUGAUAUGCCACACCUGUCAGGUGGAUGGACUAUCUUGGCAAAGGAGAAAUGCUCACUAACAGGGAUGUAAACAAAUUUGUGCACUAAUUUUGAGAGAAAUAAGCUAUUUAUGCGUAUGGAAAAUUUCUUGGAUCUUUUAUUUAAUAUAAUUUAUAGUAAAUGUAAAUAUAAUAGAUACAGUGCCUUCGGCAACAUUUUGUUAGGUUACAGCCUUAUUAUAAAAUUGAUAAAAUUGUUUUUUUCAAUCUACACACAAUACCCCAUAAUGACAAAGCAAAAAAAGGUUUUUAGAACCGGAAAUAUGACAUUUACAUAAGUAUUCAGACCCUUUACUCAGUGCUUUGUUGAAGCACCUUUGGCAGCGAUUACAGCCUCGAGUCUUCUUGGGUAUGACGCUAAAAGCUUGGCACACCUAUAUUUGGGGAGUUUCUCCCAUUCUUCUCUGCAGAUCCUCUCAAACUCUGUCAGGUUGGAUGGGGAGCGUCGCUGCACAGUUGUUAUCAGGUCUCUCCAGAGAUGUUAGAUCGGGUUCAAGUCCGGGCUCUGGCUGGGCCACUCAAGGACAUUCAGAGACUUGUUCCGAAGCCACUCCUGUGUUGUCUUGGCUGUGUGCUUAGGGUCGUUGUCCUGUUGGAAGGUGAAGCUUCGCCCCAGUCUGAGGUCCUGAGCACUCUGGAGCAGGUUUUCAUCAAGGAUCUCUCUGUACUUUGCUCCGUUCAUCUUUGCCUCGAUCCUGACUAGUCUCCCAGUCCCUGCCGCUGAAAAACCUCCCCACAGCAUGAUGUUGCCACCACUAUGAUUUACCGUAGGCAUGGUGCCAGAUUUCCUCCAGACGUGACGCUUGGCAUUCAGGCCAAAGAGUUCAAUCUUGGUUUCAUCAGACAAGAGAAUCUUGUUUCUCAUGGUCUGAGAGUCUUUAGGUGCCUUUUGGCAAACUCCAAGCGGGGUGUCAUGUGUCUUUUACUGAGUAGUGGCUUCCGUAUGGCCGUAUCUACCAUCAAGACCUGAUUGGUGGAGUGCUGCAGAGAUGGUUGUCCUUCUGGAAGGUUCUCCCAUCUCCACAGAGGAUCUUUAGAGCUCAGUCAGAAUGACCAUCAGGUUCUUGGUCACCUCCCUGACCAAGGCCCUUCUACCCUGACUGCUAAGUUUGGCCGGGCGGUCAGCUCUAGGAAGAGUCUUGGUGGUUCCAAACUUCUUCCAUUUAAGAAUGAUGGAGGCCACUGUGUUCUUGUGGACCUUCAAUGCUGCAGACAUUUUUUGGUACCCUUCCCCAGAUCUGUGCCUCGACACAAUCCUGUCUAGACCUCCAUGGUUUGGUUUUUGCUCUGACAUGCACUGUCAACUGUGGGACCUUAUAUAGACAGGGGUGUACCUUUCCAAAUCAUGUCCAAUCAAUUGAAUUUACCACAGGUGGACUCCAAUCAAGUUGUAGAAACAUCUCAAGGAUGAUCAAUGGAAACAGGAUACACCUGAGCUCAAUUUCGAGUCUCAUAGCAAAGGGUCAGAAUACUUACAGUACCAGUGAAAAGUUUGGACACACCUACUCAUUCAAGGGUUUUUCUUUAUGUUUACUAUUUUCUACGUUUUAGAAUAAUAGUGAAGACAUCAAAACUAUGAAAUAACACAUAUGGAAUCAUGUAGUAACCAAAAUAUAUUUUAUAUUUGAGAUUCUUCAAAGUAGCCACCCUUUGCCUUGAUGACAGCUUUGCACACUCUUGGCAUUCUCUCAACCAGCUUCAUGAGGAAUGCUUUUCCAACAGUUUUGAAGGAGUUCCCACACUGAGCACUUGUUGGCUGCUUUUCCUUCACUCUGCGGUCCAACUCAUCCCAAACCAUCUCAAUUGGGUUGAGGUUGGGUGAUUGUGGAGGCCAGGUCAUCUGAUGCAGCACUCCAUCACUCUCCUUCUUGGUCAAGUAGCCCUUACACAGCCUGGAGGUGUGUUGGGUCAUUGUCUUGUUGAAAAACAAAUGAUAGUCCCACUAAGCGCAAACCAGAUGGGAUGGCGUAUCGCUGCAGAAUGCUGUGGUAGCCAUGCUGGUUAAGUGUGCCUUGAAUUCUAAAUAAAUCACUGACAGUGUCACCAGCAAAGCACUCCCACACCAUCACACCUCCUCCUCGCUUCACAGUGGGAACCACAUAUGCUGAGAUCAUUCGUUCACCUACUCUGCGUCUCACAAAGACACGGUGGUUGGAACCAAAAAUCUCAAAUUUGGACUCAUCAGACCAAAGGACAGAUUUCCACCGGUCUAAUGUCCAUUGCUUGUGUUUCUUGGCCCAAGCAGGUCUCUUCUUCUUAUUGGUGUCCUUUAGUAGUGGUUUCUUUGCAGCAAUUCGACCAUGAAGGCCUGAUUCACACAGUCUCCUCUGAACAGUUGAUGUUGAGAUGUGUCUGUUACUUGAACUCUGUGAAGCAUUUAUUUGGGCUGCAAUCUGAGGUGCAGUUAACUCUAAUGAAUUUAUCCUCUGCAUCAGAAGUAACUCUGGGUCUUCCAUUCCUGUGGCGGUCCUCAUGAGAGCCAGUUUCAUCAUAGCGCUUGAUGGUUUUUGCGACUGCACUUGAAGAAACUUUCAAAGUUCUUGACAUGUUCCAUAUUGACUGACCUUCAUGUCUUAAAGUAAUGAUGGACUGUCAUUUCUCUUUGCUUAUUUGAGCUGUUCUUGCCAUAAUAUGGACUUGGUCCUUUACCAAAUAGGGCUAUCUUCUCUAUACCACACCUACCUGGUCACAAAACAACUGAUUGUCUCAAACUUUUAACAAGGCACACCUGUUAAUUGAAAUUAAUUCCAGGUGAGUACCUCAUGAAGCUGGUUGAGAGAAUUCCAAGAGUGUGCAAAGCUGUCAUCAAGGCAAAGGGUGGCUACUUAGAAGAAUCUCAAAUAUAAAAUAUAUUUUGAUUUGUUUAACACUUUUUUGGUUACUACAUGAUUCCAUAUGUGUUAUUUCAUAGUUUUGAUGUCUCACUAUUAUUCUACAAUGUGAAAAAUAGUAAAAAAUAAAGAAAAACCCUUGAAUGAGUAGGUGUUUACAAACUUUUGACUGGUACAGUAUGUACAUAAGGUAUUUCUGUUUGUUAUUUUUAAUACAUUUGCAAACAUUUCAAAAAACCUGUUUUUGCUUUGUCAUUAUGGGGCAUUCUGUGUAGAUUGCUGAGGAUUUGUAUUUAUUUAAUCAAUUUCAGAAUAAGGCUGUAACAUAACAAAAUGUGGAAAAAAGUCAAGGGGUCUGAAUACUUUCUGAAGGCACUGUAUAUGUGCCAUUUAGCAGACGCUUUAUCCAAAGCGACUUACAGUCAUGCAUGCAUACAUUUUAUGUAUGGGUGGUCCUGGGAAUCAAACCCAGUAUCCUAGCAUUGUAAGCGCCAUGCUCUAUCAACUGAGCUACAAUUGACCAGCUCAUGAAACAUGGGACCAACACUUUACAUGUUGCAUUUACAUUUUUGUUCACUAUAUAAUUUAGUCCUAUUUUUUCUCUAAUGUCAGCACCCCCACCACCCCCCAUCAGAGUUACCGUAAACACAAUUUUUCUUCACAUAAGUAGGGUAUAAUAUUACCUCCUUCAUCCUACAUGAGGAUUCCCCUAAGUAGGGUAUAAUAUUACCUCCUUCAUCCUACAUGAGGAUUCCCCUAAGUAGGGUUAAUAUUACCUCCUUCAUCCUACAUGAGGAUUCCCCUAAGUAGGGUAUAAUAUUACCUCCUUCAUCCUACAUGAGGAUUCCCCUAAGUAGGGUAUAAUAUUACCUCCUUCAUCCUACAUGAUGAUUCCCCUAAGUAGGGUAUAAUAUUACCUCCUUCAUCCUACAUGAUGAUUCCCCUAAGUAGGGUAUAAUAUUACCUCCUUCAUCCUACAUGAGGAUUCCCCUAAGUAGGGUAUAAUAUUACCUCCUUCAUCCUACAUGAGGAUUCCCAUAAGUAGGGUAUAAUAUUACCUCCUUCAUCCUACAUGAUUCCCCUAAGUAGGGUAAAUAUUACCUCCUUCAUCCUACAUGAGGAUUCCCCUAAGUAGGGUAUAAUAUUACCUCCUUCAUCCUACAUGAGGAUUCCCCUAAAUAGAGUAUAAUAUUACCUCCUUUAACCUACAUGAGGAUUCCCCUACCCACACAGGUGUGACGUGUCAAACCACCUCCCUGUGCUUCCUCUCUUCCCCCCCCCUUCCCCCUUCUCCCCCUACCUCCCCCCUAGGCCUCAAACAGGACCCCCUACUACCACCUGAAUCUCAACCUAAGACGUCCCUGCAUCUCAAUUUACCUCCUCACGGUCACGGUAACGCACCAGACCCCCCUGGUCUCUAUGUCUCUGUGUCUCUUUCUCUCAGUGUACUGCUGGGUUGUCUUGGUGCGCAUCAAGGUUGUGUGUUUGGACCACCCCUUAUGUUUGUUUCUGCUUGCCCUUUCUAUUGUCUGUGGAAGUUGUUUCUCUUUUUGUCUUCAGGUUGUCUUCGUCUUGUUGUUGUGCAUGGGAAUUGUGGAUAUGUUUGAUAUUACUUGUAUGUAUUUGUAUGUAUUUCAGUUAUCCUUGACAUGGGGAUAUAUUGGUAUUGGUAUUGUGGGAGAAGGUGGUGGAUGACUUUCUAUGUUUGGUGGGAUGUUGUACUUGUAACCUGAACUGUUGGCUUGCCCUUGACUUGACAUGGAUGACCUGUUAGUGUGUAUGUUGUUGUUGUUAUUUUGGGAACCAUGCCUUGCCUUAAAGGUUCAUGUUGUUAUUCAGUGUCUUUCGGGCCUUCACACCUUUUGGUUUCAGGUGGUGGUUGUGUAUGGAGUGAGUGGGUGAAAGUGCAGGUGGGUGGUUACAUGAUUGUGGGAGGGUUACUGACGGGGGGGGUAUGGGGAGUAGGCGUCUACGUUUAGAUAAUAAAAGAUGUUGGUCUGCGGUCCAGGUUGGAACCACAGGAUAAAGCCACAUACACGAUCUGUGAAGAAAUGUCUUUGACUGAAACGGUCGACUUGACCGAAACUUUUGACAAAUGCACGUGUGCGGGACUAGGUAAGACAACGGGCAUUCAGUUUCCCUCAGAAAGGAGAUUAGAAAAAGGGAUUGCUUUAGCUGCCCCUCUAAAGCCUCAGCACAAAGGCCUCCUUAGAUACCCAUCAGCUCUUUUCACUGGUCCUGGAGUUGGAUCACUGAAGACACACCAUGAUACAUAUGCCAGUGGUGGGCUGGCUUAUUCCCCUGGGCUUUUAGAGCUUGGGACUCUUUGGGUCAUUGGAGAUAAGUGGAGGGAUAUCUCUGUUUUUGAGAUAAGUGGAGGGAUAUCUCUUUUUUUGUGAUAAGUGGAGGGAUAUCUCUGUUUUGGAGAUAAGUGGAGGGAUAUCUCUGUUUUAUGGGCUGAUAAUAUCGAGCCUCAUGCGUUAGGAAGAGGGAGAGGGAGGGUAAAGGAGGGUGAAAGAGAGGGGGAAAGAUCUAAAGUAAUGCGGUUGCAUAGGGGUUGGAAGAGGGUUACUUUUGGGCUGAUAAAGAAGUUGGAGGGGGAAGGAAAAAUCAUUGAGAAGGAGGGGAAAAAGAGGGAAAGAGAGAGAUGGAGAUGGACGAGGUUGCAGCCGAGCGUUAGUACUGUAAAUCAGAACACGCGGUCCAGGGUUUGGUGGUUUUUCCAUGAAAGGCAGAGAGAUGGAAAGUAAAGUUCUCAGCGAACUAAGAUGAAAGAGAGGAGAGGAGGAAUGAGGGAAUGAAAGAGAGGAGAGGAGGAAUGGUGAAGUGGUGGUGUUGUAAUUUGCGGUCUGGUUGCAGUGGCACGCCGUUCGGUGCACGCGCACACACACACACACACACACCACACACACUGGGCCAGUUGCCUGUUCAGGCUCAAGCGGUUCCUAACACAGCGUGAAAGAUACUUGUUUGUUUUAUGCACUGUUUUAAUGGACUAUCAGGUUCUCUCUUUCUCUGGACUUGUUUAAGUUAUUGUGUUUGUGGAUAAUUGUUAGAUGUUUGGUUUCAACACUAUUAGUGGGUGAUGGAGGCAGGCAGGGUGUGAGAGAGAUGAGAGUGAAGGAGGUUGUGAGGUAGAGACAGAAAAAGAGUGGGUGAUGGAGGCAGGCAGGGUGUGAGAGAGAUGAGAGUGAAGGAGGUUGUGAGGUAGAGACAGAAAAAGAGUGGGUGAUGGAGGCAGGCAGGGUGUGAGAGAGAUGAGAGUGAAGGAGGUUGUGAGGUAGAGACAGAAAAAGAGUGGGUGAUGGAGGCAGGCAGGGUGUGAGAGAGAUGAGAGUGAAGGAGGUUGUGAGGUAGAGACAGAAAAAGAGUGGGUGAUGGAGGCAGGCAGGGUGUGAGAGAGAUGAGAGUGAAGGAGGUUGUGAGGUAGAGACAGAAAAAGAGUGGGUGAUGGAGGCAGGCAGGGUGUGAGAGAGAUGAGAGUGAAGGAGGUUGUGAGGUAGAGACAGAAAAAGAGUGGGUGAUGGAGGCAGGCAGGGUGUGAGAGAGAUGAGAGUGAAGGAGGUUGUGAGGUAGAGACAGAAAAAGAGAAAAAAGUGAGUGAGUCAGAGGCAUAAGCAAUGACAGAAAGAAAAUCCACUCAAUGAAUUUAUGCGAAUGAUGCAAUGACAACUGUAUCAACAUUACAUGAUUACUUCCUGAAUGAUGGAUUGCUACCAUUUGUGAAAUGCUUAAUUCGGAGAUAAGCUAAGUCUCUCUAUGACAUUGCUGAGAGUCAUACCUCCUAACCACCAGUACCCCCCUCCCUUACCUCUCCCUGGGCUCAGAGUCCUGCCUCAGCUCCAGAUGUGUGGAGGAGCUGCUCUGCACUAACGGCACUGUGUGUGUGUGUGUGUGUGUGUGUGUGUGUGUGUGUGUGUGUACACGUGCGUGCCUGUACAUUAGUGCUUGUGUGUGUCAGAAUUACAUCAUCCCAACUGCUUUGCUCCUCCCACAAAGGCCAGUGAAGUGUGUGCGUUCAGGAAAAUAACACUUUUUCUCCUCUUUUUCCUCCUCCUCUUUCUCGUCUUUCUUUCCCCUUCGUCCUCUGUUCCUCUAAGCCCUCUUACAUGGAUAUGUAUUACCUCUGGCCUAUAAGGGGCUAGUGACUUAAUCAGCCAGCCUGUGUGACACAAUGUAUUGUGAUGGACUGUGGUGAUCACAUAAUCACACACUCUUUCAGUUGGAAGUGAAACCACAUUGGCAUUGUCCGUUCUCAACAUGUGUCCAUGUCCACAAUGCAUUGCUGUUAACUGUAAAGCUUAUAGCUAGCCAGCCAACCUAUUUUUUUAGAGCACUCUGCCUUUUUAAGAUUCUCAAAAACUUCAUUCAUGCUUUAUGAUAUGGAUAUGAGCCUUGACCAAUAACAAAGGUUGAGAGUUUUUCCUGGUCUGCAUAACUGGUCCAGACAAACUCAUGGUCCAACAAUAACUAAUGGCUGCUGGGUAAUCAAGUCAGUUGGUAAUAUAAUGAAUAAUAAUAGAUCAGCUUCAUAAUUAAAGCUUUGACCAAUUAAGCACAACAGCAUAAUUCUUUGCCCCCCUCUUUUGUCCACGACUCUUGCUCUCCCCCGUCCCUCCCCAUCCAUUCCCCAUUGGAGGUAGUGAAAGUGGUCGGAGUACCCCCAGUUUGUCCACGUAUUCCGACUGCAAAUCUCCCUCCUUCACCUAUGUGGCUGCUCCCAGGCAUUUCCACGUACCAGGUAGGUCCACCGCUUCGCUUCGACCUCUCACCUUUGAACCGAUGACCCUUGAACUCUCAACACAACCUCUCUCUCUAUUGCACCACGCCAUCUGUCUGCUGUCUCUGUCCAGGUCUGUCUAGGUAACGGAUCUAAGUAGGUAUAUCUGAUGUCUGGGGUGAACCCUUCUCUGUUCUCCCUGUCUUCCUGUGUCAGUUUUUAUCCCUGUCAAAGGGUUUCUUCCGGACCUAUCCUGUCCAUAGUACUUCUGACUCCCUGUCUCACGUUCCCUCAAUCUAUCUGUCUCACGUUCCCUCAAUCUAUCUGUCUCACGUUCCCUCGAUCUAUCCGUCUCACUUUCCCUCAAUCUAUCUCUCACGUUCCCUCAAUCUAUCUGUCUCACAUUCCCUGAAUCUAUCUGUCUCACUGUCCCUCGAAUCUAUCCGCUCUACACUGUUCCCUCGAUCAUCCAGUCUCAACUGGUCCCUCGGAUCUAUCUGUCGUCACCUGUUCCCUCGAUCUAUCUGUCUCACUGUCCCUUCGAUCAUCUGUCUCACUGUUCCCCUCGAUCUAUCUGUCUCACCGGUACCUCAAAUCUAUCCGUCUCACUGUACCCGGCUAUCUAAUCUGUCUCAAUGUCCCUCUAUCUCUAUCGUAUCACUGAACCCCUCAAUCAUCUGUCUCUCUGUCCCUCGAUCUAUCUGUCUCACAUUACCCUCGAUCGAUAUUCUGUCUCACUUCCCUUCGAUCUAUCUGUCUCACUGUACCUUCAAUCUAUCUGUUUCAUGGUCCCUCGACUUCGUCUCACUCGAUCCUCGAUUUCUGUCUCACUGUCCCUCGAUCUACUCUGUCUCACUGUUCCCUCAAUCUAUCUGGUCUUCACGUUCCCUUGAUCUAUCCGUCUCACUGUCCCUCUAUCUAUCUGUCUCACUGUCCCUCAAUCUAUCUGUCUCACAUUCCCUCGAUCUAUCUGUCUCACUGUCCCUCGAUCUAUCUGUCUCACUGUCCCUCGAUCUAUCUGUCUCACUGUCCCUCGAUCUAUCUGUCUCACGUUCCCUCGAUCUAUCUGUCUCACGUUCCCUCGAUCUAUCUGUCUCACGUUCCCUCGAUCUAUCUGUCUCACUGUCCCUCGAUCUAUCUGUCUCACGUUCCCUCGAUCUAUCUGUCUCACUGUCCCUCAAUCUAUCUGUCUCACGUUCCCUCGAUCUAUCUGUCUCACGUUCCCUCAAUCUAUCUGUCUCACUGUCCCUCGAUCUAUCUGUCUCACUGUCCUCGAUCUAUCUGUCUCACUGUCCCUCGAUCUAUCUGUCUCACUGUCCCUCGAUCUAUCUGUCUCACGUUCCCUCGAUCUAUCUGUCUCACUGUCCCUCGAUCUAUCUGUCUCACGUUCCCUCGAUCUAUCUGUCUCACUGUCCCUCAAUCUAUCUGUCUCACGUUCCCUCGAUCUAUCUGUCUCACGUUCCCUCAAUCUAUCUGUCUCACUGUCCCUCGAUCUAUCUGUCUCACGUUCCCUCGAUCUAUCCGUCUCACUGUCCCUCUCUCUCUUUCUUAAUGUAUCUUUCUCUCUGAAUCUCUCUUUCUCCCUCUCCUCUUUCUCUAUCCUAUGUUGUGAUCUAUUCUAUAUUAUAUGUUGAGGUCUGUCUAAAUCUGAAUGCUGAAUGUGUCUUCAGUUCCACAGGUAAAUUGACAUUUGUUAGAAUCUCACCCACUGUAACACACACAUUGUAUCAACAUCAUCAUAUCCUCUUAUUAUGCAAUCCAUUAUGGGUUCAAAUACAUUGAUUAUUUCUUAUUUAAAUAUUUACUUUCUGUGUGUUUGAGUGUUUUCAAAUAAUGUGGCCAAAUUCAACUACUUCUAUUGGAAGUAUUUGAAAAUAUUUUCCAAUACUUAUUUCAAAUAUUUCUAGGACCUGGGCUCAAAUGCAUGGAAGUAUUUAUUUGUAUUAGAAAAUACUCUGUGAGUAUUUUCAAAUACAUGCCAAUACUAAAUGUAUUUCCAAAUACAUUACAGUAUUCACCUACUUGUAAUUUCAAGUAAAACAUAUCUGAUACUUAAUUUGAAAUGUAUGUGAAAGUAAUUGAGAUAUUUCAAAUAGUAAUUGAACCCAGGUCUGGUGAGCAAACAUUCCACAACUUCAGGUGAAAGUAAGUCACCAACCUUGUUUGUCACACUACAGUUUGUUUACCAUCUCAUAGAAAUAGUAAAAGAAGAUAUUGACUACUUUAAAAUGGAGAGUCUACUGUCACAGAUGCCGUGGGACAGAUACAAAGAUGAGAAGUCUAACUAAGUCUAUGACCCUGCAUCAUAUUCUGUCAACCAUCCUUUGAUAAGUUUUAACAUUUUAUAGUGCAUUGGAUGUAACUGACUCUUCUAGUGAAAAGUCCUUUUAAUCCAUCCUAUUUCCAUUGACUUUUACAGUGUCACUCACCCAUAUGUUUAAAAAAAAAAAUGUAAUCCCAUACUUGGAUGGAGUUUAUGUAAAUAAAUGAACAAACCAAAGUGAUUAUCUACUUAAUGUGUUUUCUAACCAUUGUUUUUAUGGCUUUCAUAUGUGUCUUGUUCAGCGGCGCUGGCAGUGGCUGAAACAGGGCAGAAAAUGGCCCACAUGUGUUGUAUUUCAUGAAUUAUUUAUCCUAAAAAAGAUUGGAGUUGAGUUAAUGUAUAGCAGUUGUUACUAGCUAAGUGUCUCUGUCAUUGAAAGUGUGACGGACUGGGUCAGCUUGGGACAGGCAUAGUGUGUCAAUUAUCUGUAGAAAGACUCACUUACCCCAUUUCUUUUUAUUGAAUAAUUUGAAUUGAAUAAUUUGCCCUUUUUAUUUAUUGUUUGAUUUGUUUAUUUGUUUAGGAUGAUGCUCGUUAUAUUUGCUCUAGAUGCAGUAAUGAAUGAUGUGUUGUAAUUAGGGAAAAUACAUAAAGAUAUAUAUAUAUAUUAUUUAUGACUCUGACUUUGGAAACACGAGUAAAUAUAUUGUUGGAUACAACACUGAUCAACAAUUACCAUUGUUCUAGAAAUGUAUUUUCAUUGGUUUCUGCUUCACAUUACCAUAGGACUUGAUCAUUAGACGAUGGAAAUGGCAUGUAUGUUGCAUGAAUAAUGACAACAAGUGAUGAUUUAUCUGAGAUAAUACCCUGUCGUGCCAGUUAUAAUAGAAAUGCCAUAUGUCUCGCAUUGAAUCUACCAUGAAAUAUACUGCUCCUAUUACACUGCUGCUUGCUAGACUAUUCCAUCUCUCAAUAACUGCUAACUCAUGCUUCUUUCUUUCUUUCUUUCUUUCUUUCUUUCUUUCUUUCUUUCUUUCUUUCUUUCUUUCUUUCUUUCUUUCUUUCUCAUCCUGGGCUUCUUUCAUUGCUCUCCUCCUCUCCUCCUCUCAUCUUCAGAGACUAAGGUCAAGAUAGAUAAUAUCUAUAGAAAACCCCCUAUCUACAAACAGCAUGGUACAGUCCACUAUCCUCCUCUGCUUCCUGGUCUAACUUCCUGGUCUGGUCUCUGCACGAUGUGUCGCAUGUCACCUGUCCCAUACGCUCCUAGUAGAAGUUGCCCGUAAACACAGAUCUAGGAUCAGCUUUCCCCUCCCAGAAUCUAACUCUAACCAUUAGAGGGGGAACAUGAAACUGAUCUAAGAUCAGUGUCUAUAGGGCAAUCGUCAUCCUAUUCCUUUCUAUAUGACCCAUUAUUCUGUCCCAUCUCCAGUCUUUUCGAACGGACAAGGCUUUACAACUUCAGGCGACAGAGUCACUGCAACCAAUUCAAGGAGCCAUGUUGAAAUAUUUACAGUAAAUUUGUAGUAUAGUGGUCCAUAACACACUGACCUUUGCUCCCUAUGUCAACCGUAGCCAUAUACCGCUACACGCACACGUGUGAUCUAGUAUCUAAAGUACAAUCCGCUUCAUUGUUGCCUGAGUUGAAAGCCUAACAUGGAAAACUAAAUUGGCCAUAUCAAUAUUUUAUUUAUCCUUUUUAGUUUCUUACACCUUUACGAUUAUGUUUCUGCCCAUCCCUACAUGCCUGCCCACACCCAUCUCAGUAGCUCAUUGGUUCUACUAGUACGUGUGUUGUGUCUCCAUUGUGAUUGGUCGAGAACAUGACUCACUUGGUGUUGUGGUGCUGAUGGUGUCUUGGUCACUUCCUGUUCCACUUAACCCUUUGUGUAUGUCGUGUUUACAUUUUUUUCCCAGAUAUUUAUCCGUUUUUCUAUGUGUGAGUGUGUAGAUGCCCCAGAAUCCCUUAUAAUAAUAUAAUGCAUGUGCCGUAUUAUCUUCUGUGUUACACUAUGGAGGAUUCUUCUAAAGCCCUUCAAGAUCUACAAUACGUGAAAUAUGACAACUAAAUCACAGCCAUAUGUAGAAUGUGACAUUAUUCACAAUUUAUGAGUAAACCGUUUUCAGUUUAGUUUGUAUAUAUUCUACCAGGCUUGAGCUCAUGAACAAGAGCAUGCAUUUGCCUGCAUAAAAGAAAAGCACUAUUUCACCAACUGUUCCCCAGUAAAUAGGCUACUUUCUAUCUUAUAAAACUGCCCAUUUGAGAAAACUACAUAUAGUGGUAGUUGAAUACAUACUAUACGUACUAGUAAUAGUUAGUUAUACAACAGUACUGUAACUAUGUCAUGACCCAUUUGGAGAUUCUCGACAGGCUGUCUAGUGAUGAUGAUGUCAUAGUGUUGAGUUGAUUUAUUAUAGGAUACAGUCUUUCCGUGCAUACUGUAACAUGGCUGGUAGACAGAUGUGUGGUACGGCCCGGAACAGUAAUGUGACAUGCUAUACAGUCAUAUAGUGUAACAGGAGUGUGGUUUAUAACAUAAUGUAUGUUUUACAGCCUCUAGAACUUCCUGGCAAGAAGGAGAUGACAUCAAGGUGAGGCGUAUGCCUGUCCGUCCGUCCGUCCGUCCGUCCGUCCGUCCGUCUGUACAUCCAUCUGCUCGCCUACUUGCCUACACAUCAAUUUAUUUAUCCAUCUACAUACAGUAUCUAUCACUACAUCCAUCCAUCCAUCUACAUACAGUAUCUAUCACUACCUCCAUCCAUCCAUCUACAUACAGUAUCUAUCACUACAUCCAUCCAUCCAUCUACAGUGAGGGAAAAAAGUAUUUGAUCCCCUGCUGAUUUUGUACGUUUGCCCACCGACAAAGAAAUGAUCAGUCUAUAAUUUUAAUGGUAGGUUUAUUUGAACAGUGAGAGACAGAAUAACAACAAAGAAAUCCAGAAAAACGCAUGUCAAAAAUGUUAUAAAUUUAUUUGCAUUUUAAUGAGGGAAAUAAGUAUUUGACCCCCUCUCAAUCAGAAAGAUUUCUGACUCCCAGGUGUCUUUUAUACAGGUAACGAACUGAGAUUAGGAGCACACUCUUAAAGGGAGUGCUCCUAAUCUCAACUUGUUACCUGUAUAAAAGACACCUGUCCACAGAAGCAAUCAAUCAAUCAGAUUCCAAACUCUCCACCAUGGCCAAGACCAAAGAGCUCUCCAAGGAUGUCAGGGACAAGAUUGUAGACCUACACAAGGCUGGAAUGGGCUACAAGACCAUCGCCAAGCAGCUCGGUGAGAAGGUGACAAUAGUUGGUGCGAUUAUUCGCAAAUGGAAGAAACACAAAAGAACUGUCAAUCUCCCUCGGCCUGGGGCUCCAUGCAAGAUCUCACCUCGUGGAAUUGCAAUGAUCAUGAGAAUGGUGACGAAUCAGCCCAGAACUACACGGGAGGAUCUUGUCAAUGAUCUCAAGGCAGCUGGGACCAUAGUCACCAAGAAAACAAUUGGUAACACACUAUGCCGUGAAGGACUGAAAUCCUGCAGCACCCGCAAGGUCCCCCUGCUCAAGAAAGCACAUAUACAGGGCCGUCUGAAGUUUGCCAAUGAACAUCUGAAUGAUUCAGAGGAGAACUGGGUGAAAGUGUUGUGGUCAGAUGAGACCAAAAUCGAGGUCUUUGGCAUCAACUCAACUCGCCGUGUUUGGAGGAGGAGGAAUGCUGCUUAUGACCCCAAGAACACCAUCCCCACAGUCAAACAUGGAGGUGGAAACAUUAUGCUUUGGGGGUGUUUUUCUGCUAAGGGGACAGGACAACUUCACCGCAUCAAAGGGACGAUGGACGGGGCCAUGUACUGUCAAAUCUUGGGUGAGAACCUCCUUCCCUUAGCCAGGGCAUUGAAAAUGGGUUGUGGAUGGGUAUUCCAGCAUGACAAUGACCCAAAACACACGGCCAAGGCAACAAAGGAGUGGCUCAAGAAGAACCACAUUAAGGUCCUGGAGUGGCCUAGCCAGUCUCCAGACCUUAAUCCCAUAGAAAAUCUGUGGAGGGAGCUGAAGGUUUGAGUUGCCAAACGUCAGCCUCGAAACCUUAAUGACUUGGAGAAGAUCUGCAAAAAGGAGCGGAACAAAAUCCCUCCUGAGAUGUGUGCAAACCUGGUGGCCAACUACAAGAAACGUCUGACCUCUGUGAUUGCCAACAAGGGUUUUGCCACCAAGUACUAAGUCAUAUUUUGCAGAGGGGUCAAAUACUAAUUUCCCUCAUUAAAAUGCAAAUACAUUUAUAACAUUUUGACAUGCAUUUUUCUGGAUUUUUGUUGUUGUUAUUCUGUCUCUCACUGUUCAAAUAAACCUACCAUUAAAAUUAUAGACUGAUCAUGUCUUUGUCAGUGGGCAAACGUACAAAAUCAGCAGGGGAUCAAAUACUUUCUUCCCUCACUGUACAUACAUUAUCUAUCACUACCUCCAUCCAUCUACAUACAGUAUCUAUCACUACAUCCAUCCAUCCAUCUACAUACAGUAUCUAUCACUACAUCCAUCCAUCCAUCUACAUACAGUAUCUAUCACUACCUCCAUCCAUCCAUCUACAUACAGUAUCUAUCACUACCUCCAUCCAUCCAUCUACAUACAGUAUCUAUCACUACCUCCAUCCAUCCAUCUACAUACAGUAUCUAUCACUACCCAUCCAUCCAUCUACAUACAGUAUCUAUCCACUACCUCCAUCCAUCCAUCUACAUACACUAUCUAUCACUACCUCCAUCCAUCCACCCACACUAGAUCCAGCUCACGUUCCUAUCUCUCUAUACGACAAGGACACUCAUGAUCUUGAAGAGUGAGAUAGACGGUGAGCCCCUCCCAGAGUACCUGCUGGACCCCAGGAAGUCUACCUGCAGCCUGCCCACUGACACCUCCCGGACCAGUGAGUAGCCAAUCAGUGGUUAACCCUCACUUGACUGGCAGGGGCUCAACCAAUGCGUUCACUUUAGGUUGAAAGAGUAGCCAAUGAGUGUUUAUAGAUGACUUAGAUAUUUUGUUUCUUUCCUUACAGACUUCCCUUACAAUAAGUGUGCUUCCCUGCCAGGAUAUGGAAGGAAUGGCAUUUACAAGGUACGUUGUCAUACUCACACACUAUAAAGUGAACACAGGCUUCUAUGAUUGUGAGGAAAGUAACAUAGUCCAUUUCUAUGGAACCUACUGCUGAUAAUACUGUGACACUGGUUCAGCAGGUUCACGUCUGACUGCCAUUACCUCAUGUAGCGUGUCGAGUGCCAUCAUUACAAUUCAGUCUCUCUCUCUCUCUCUCUCCUUCAGAGGAAUAGCAUCCUAACUCACACACACUCACCACACACACACACACACACACACACACACACACACACACACACACACACACACACACUUGCACCAGUUGGCCUCACACCCCAAUGACACGAUGUGAUGACCCAAUUAAAUGUAAGCGUCAGGGCACACCGGCAGAGGGGGUGUAGUUUUGCCCUCUCUAACGAGGGCGUGAGCCUCUGGCAUGGGGACAGUCAGUUCAGUCCUAUCCCAGCCAGGCGUUUGAUUCGAUGUGAUUCAGAAUUUACUGUCCUUUUGACACUUGAAGAUGGCGCCGACAAACAUGGCAGCUCUGAUUCUAGCUCCUAAGCAACUUUGCAGUAUACACAGUAUAUUUUUGUGUUAUUUCUUACAAUAUUAGCCCAGAACAUUUUUUGUGUUUCUAAAUUCCAUUCGUUUACUUUUCGAUUUGUGUAUAUUGUUGUGAAUUGUUAGAUACUAGUGCACUGUUGGAGCUAGGAACACAAGCAUUUCGCUAUACCCGCAAUAACAUCUGCUAAAUAUGUGUAUGCGACCAAUACAAUUUGAUUUGAUUACAGAAGAGUUCAGUGAGAUAAUGGAAAACUCCCUCAUAAAUGGAAAUUAGGUGUGCCUGUCGCCAUACCGAUGGGUUUAGUCAAGCGUGCUAACAAUUAGAGCUCGUUUAAAGAGAAAUUGGUGAUUGGUCUGUAGGCCUCUCUCAGCUUGCCGCUCAUUAAAUAAUGUGCAGCGCUGAUUGCUGUGAGAAGGACGUGCCAACUGGGUGCAGUGUUUGAUUUAACCACCAGGUGGUAGUGUUUAGUCAAUGUUUAUCGCCUUUUCUGUCAUCGAGGGUGUGAGUGAGUUAUGGCCGAGGGAAAGUGAAGUUCCUGUCAAAAAAAGGCUGUAUUGGUCUGUGUCUCAAUAGUUGAACUGGCUUUCUAUCCUUGUGUCCUGUGUCCUUUUCUCCAGGAUCACUGAUCUAGCAGCCUUGAAAGCAAUAGCUGUAAACCAAUCCAAUUGUUUCAGUUAUAAGACUGACUAGGAAAGGAAGCUAUUUCAGUGUAUUGACACACAGCCCUUGACUUGUCAACACAGGAAGGUUGGGUGUUUUUCUAACUUCUACAGAGCACUUUUGGACCGGGAAAUCAUGUUUUAAAGCUUUCCUAUCAGAUUCCAUGUAGGUCUGUCACUCGUUACCACUCCCUCUACAGAUUGACUUUAGCAGUAAUAGUUUAUUAUGGUGGUUGUGCUACCACUGAGGCUAUUUAGUCUAACCUUAAUGAUGUGUUCUUGCUGCUUAUGUGUUUGUUGAUGGAUGGGAUUGGGGUAGACAGAGGGGUGAAAUAUCUGAAAGUUUAGGAGGAAAUUAGAAACGUGUACCGUGUCUGACCCCAGUAGCGUGCUACACUGAAUACGUUCAUUCUGCAACCUGAUUGGUUGUUACUCCUCACCAACCAAUGCCUGUGGCAGCUGAGACAGAGACAAUGUAUGGCUAAGAUUGAGGGGGGGGGGGGGGGUUAAAGGAGUAGUCCACUAUUUUACAACUUAAUGUUAGAUUGUUCCUCACCAUGAAAGUAGUCUAUGGACCAAUAGAUAAUGUAAUCCAGGGUUCAGUUUUCUUUAAACAGCCACUACAAACUUCAGCUAAUCUUAGCCACCAAAAGCUCACAAUCAAUGGAAGUGAUGGGGGCAUGUGAGCAUGUUAUAAAAAAUAAUGAAAUAAAUUCAAAUCAACUCCAUAUUGGGUUUGAUGUUACUCAAAGGUGAUUUGGCCAUAACAAAAAAUAACAAAAAAAACAUGCUCUCGUGCCCCCAUCACAUCCAUUGAUUUACUGAGCUGAGAAUGGAGAAGUUGUCAUUCCUUUCUCUCCCUCCCUGAGAAAUCCAUCACAUGUUUAAACACCAGAGAUCCAGUUACAUUGAGACUGGGUCCUGAACCAAACCAGAAACAAUGCACUGUAGCUACUGUAGCCAACCCAGUUACCCUAAACUCUAUCAAUACAUUGCAAUCUGGGAAAAGUCGACAGUCAGUUUGCAGUUGAGAGUGUGUGUGAGUAACCUCCCUGUGAUUGUAGCGACCUUCAGACAGACCAUUUUUUAAAAUAAUUUCUCCUCAACCCAAUGAGAAAAGGAAAGUAGAGAAAAAUGAAUCUGUUCUUUGUUACUGUAUUGUACAGUAAAUACAUGAUGUAUGUAUGACAAUGUACAGCAUGAUCUGUCAAAUAUGACCAGAUGGAGUUAAGUGUUUUGACCUUGUCUGUUUUUAGUCUUAACCGACUGUGUGUGUGUGCGUGUGUGUGUGUGUGUGCAUGUGUGCGUCUUCCCCAGGAGGUUGCCGACCAUGCUGAGGAUGAGCCUGACCAGCAGGAUUCCCACAGCUGGGGAGGAAUGAGAGGUAGGAACUAGAUCUAGAAUAGAUCUGUUAGCUCAUUGAUGCCAUGUUGAAGGAGGGUGGAUCUAUUAGGAGAUCUAUGACGCUACAAUUCUGCAAAUGCUCUUUUAAUGGGAAGCAGUUCAGGUGGACGAGUUUUCACUCAAGGGUGCUGAAGCCACAUCCUUUUGCCAUAUGAGUUACGUCAGUGUGUGUGUGAUGUAUAUACCGCUCCAGAGCUGUCUGCCUCAGUGUGCGCUUGCUAUUCCUCAGCCAGAGAGGACAAACAGUGCCAAGCCCGUAAAAGCAUGGUUUCAAAGACUGUGUGUGGGGGUCCCAGACUUUUUUAAAGCCUUUGACGUACUGAGCUGGAACACAAUAUCUCAUAAGUUAUUAAAAUAAUCACUUUCAUUUGCACGCGUGUAUGAUUUUAUUUGUGCUGUAAUUUAUUUGCUCUUUUAUGGUAGUUUUCAUACUGAAAUAAUAACCCUGUCAUUAAUCUGAGAUUUCUCUCUCUCCUCCUCCCUCCUUUUCCUCUCCUCUAGAGUACAAGGUAAGGGUCAGUGUUUCACAUCAUGUUAGGUUCAUGUGUUUGGCAAAUACAGUUUGAUAUCUUUGGCUAAAUCUUUGUAGAUUACAUUAUCUCUCUACCCAGGUUGGCUGUAGUGUUAAAUAGCUGACAGUGUGUGUGUUCCUUCCAGGUGUACCCCUAUGAGGUGCUGUCUGUGACCCACAGGGUGAGAGUGAAGCUACCCAGAGAUGUGGACCGUACCAGACUGGAGGUGAGAGUCCAUCAUAUCCCUCCCUCCCUCCCUCCCUCCCUCCCUCCCUCCCUCCCUCCCUCCCUCCCUCCCUCCCUCCCUCCCUCCCUCCCUCUUCCUACUCCCUCCCUCUGUCCUGUGAGACUCCAGUCUCCAGUCGAGUCAAGCUCUUAUAAUCACUCUGUCCCUUUUCAACCGGUCUAUGACCUCCCUACCACGCCUUUGGUUACUGGCUGUCAUUUCACUAGCUCAGCAUGCCUCAGUUCCAGGCCCCGGUCCUCAGUUCUAUCCUCAGUAUUCUAUUGGUCUAAUUUCAGUGGGUUUAGAAUAUCUCUACUUGUGUGUGUAUGCACUUGUGUGGCACUGUCCACAACAAAUCACAUAUAUCCCCAUAUUUCAUCAUUAUGAACCCACUAGGUCCUCACGCACACGCACACACACACACACAUAAAGAUGUAUGCAAAUCUGCUGUGGAAUGCCGUUAAACCCACCAUGAGAUCAAAGUGUGUAGGCAGGCAGGCAGGCCAGGCAGGCCAGGCAUUCCGUGCUUAGAACCAGGGGGACUUACAAUGCAUGAGGACAUUAUUACUAGACUAAGUAUCUAAUGCAACAGGCUAUGAUUAUUACUAGACAUAGUAUCUAAUGCAACAGGCUAUGCCACAACAAUAAGUCCCAAAUACAGAUGCUUUGAGUUGCUUUUGAUGGCCUUAUUGAAUGGAGACACUGAGGCUACACUGGUCCUAGGUCAGUUGUUGUCUUAACUACAGUAUUAAAUACGGUGGUCCUAGGUCAGUUGUUGUCUUAACUACAGUAUUAACUACAGUGGUCCUAGGUCAGUUGUUGUCUUAACUACAGUAUUAACUACGGUGGUCCUAGGUCAGUUGUUGUCUUAACUACAGUAUUAAAUACGGUGGUCCUAGGUCAGUUGUUGUCUUAACUACAGUAUUAACUACAGUGGUCCUAGGUCAGUUGUUGUCUUAACUACAGUAUUAACUACAGUGGUCCUAGGUCAGUUGUUGUCUUAACUACAGCAUUAACUACAGUGGUCCUAGGUCAGUUGUUGUCUUAACUACAGUAUUAACUACAGUGGUCCUAGGUCAGUUGUUGUCUUAACUACAGUAUUAACUACAGUGGUCCUAGGUCAGUUGUUGUCUUAACUACAGUAUUAACUACAGUGGUCCUAGAUCAGUUGUUGUCUUAACUACAGCAUUAACUACACUGGUCCUAAAUCAGCUGUUGUCUUUGUAGCUCAGUUGGUAGAGCAUGGGCGCUUGUAAUGCCAGGGAAGUGGGUUCGAUUCCCGGGACCACCUAUACGUAAAAUGUAUACACGCAUGAAUGUUAGUCGCUUUGGUUAAAAGUGUCUGCUAAAUGAUAUAUAUUAUUAUAUUAUUAUUAACUAUAGUAUUAACGAGUCUAGGUAUGGUUUUACAUUUAUGGAUCAUUGUCCUCAUGAUGUAAGAAAAAUACUCCCUGUUCUCAGUGUAUUCCACACACACUCACACACACACAUGCACACACACAUGCACACACACAUGCACUCACGCACACACAUGCACACACACAUGCACUCACGCACACUCACACACCACACACACACACACACUCACACACACACAGCCCCAUGGUGUGUGUACAGUGUUGCAUUCAUCUGAUGUGAUGCCAGCAGUGUCUUGCCCAGAUUCCUCCCUUCUCUGCUGUAGAUGCCUGGUCGGUAUAGAAACCAGGUGAUUUACCGUCACACGAUGACAGCUGGUGUCUAAUUUACAAUCGACAUCGCCAAGGAGACGCAUAGGCUGUAGUCGAUCUUUAACCUCGUUGCCAACUUAAUACUUUUAUGAUCUAGCUGUUCAUGUCUUUGUCCUUGGGCAAAAUGAAUGCCAUACCCUGUUUUUGUUCCAUGGUAUACUUCUGACAUUUUGGGAGAAUGUUAUGGAGUGUUUGGAAUGUGAACCAAACAGGGGUUGGACUGGGGGGUUGUUUGGAGGAAGGUUUCUGAGGCAAGUGAUUUGAUUUGGUGUGUUAAACCUAAUGAUAAAACACACACACACACACACACACACACACACACACACACACACACACACCUGUGACCAAUACAGUUCUCAUGCUGAACACAACAAUAGGUUUUGGGUCUCACGUCACGUAGAUUGUAGAAUGAGGUCUGAGUGGCGCAGUGGUCUAAGGCACUGCAUCGCAGUGCUAGCUGUGCCACUAGAGAUCCUGGUUAGAAUCCAGACUCUGUCGUAGCCGGCCGCGACCGGGAGACCCAUGGGGCGGCGCGCAAUUGGCCCAGCGUCGUCCAGGGUAGGGGAGGGAAUGGCCGGCAGGGAUGUAGCUCAGUUGAUAGAGCAUGGCGUUUGCAACGCCAGGGUUGUGGGUUCGAUUCCCACAGGGGGUAUGAAAAAAUAAAUAAUGUAUGCACUAACUGUAAGUCGCUCUGGAUAAGAGCGUCUGCUAAAUGACUUAAAUGUAAAUAAUUAAGAAAGCUGCCUAACCAAUACUUGGCUAGUUUCAGUGCUUAUGGUUAACACUUUGGGUGUUAAAAAAUGUCUGAGUGUAGGUCUACAUUUGGACCAGAGGAGAGCUAAGCCUUAUAAGCUUAUGUUAAGCAUUAUACAGGACAUCUCCAAUAUAUUUAAAUACAAAGUAAUAAUCACAAAAGCAAGUUGGAAACACAUUUUAAGAGGAUGAGGCUCCUAGUAGGCCCAGCCCUUUAGGCUUUAGUCUUAGGGGUUAGGGUUGGGAGAAAUGCUCACACUCCCACCCCUCCAGAUCAAGCCCUCUCUCCCUCUGUGGUCACCCCAGACAGACUGUGUCCAAGUCAGUAUGCUGGGGCCAGUAUGAAAAUGUAUGCACUCACUAAACUGUAAGUCGCUCUGGAUAAGAGCGUCUUUAAAUGUAAAAUGUAAAUGCUCUGCUCCCCUUGGGGAAGGAGUGGGUGUGGUGGCGAGGGAACCAUGUUAAUGGCCAAAACCACAACAGUGCUCUCUCUCUCUCUCUCUCUCCUCUCUCUCUCUCUCUCGCUCGUCUCUCUCUCUCUCUCGUCUCUCCUCUCUCUCUCUCUCCAUCUCUUCUCAUCUCUCGCCGCUCUCUCUCGUCUCUCUCUCCUCUCCCUUCAGCUCUCUCUCUCUCCCUCUCGUCUCUCUCUCUCAUCUCUCUCUCUCUCUCUCUCUGUGUGUUGUGUCGUGGAUCCAUCAAUCACACCAGUGGGGUAUAAGUACCAACUUUGUAGUCGUCUUUUUGGGAGUCUGUACUUUACUGUUUUGGUUUAUAUUUGGACAACUUUAUUUUUACUUCACUACAUUCCUAAAGUAUAGAGUUGUACUACUUUUUACGCCAUACAUUUUCCCUGACACCCAAAAGUACGCGUUACAUUUUAAAUGCUUAGCAGCACAGGAAAAGGUUCUAAUCACGCACUUAUAAAGAGAACAUCCCUGGUCAUCUCUACUGCCUCUGAUCUGGCGGACUCACUAAACACAAAUGCUUUGUUUGUAAAUGAUGUGUGUGUGUGUUGGAGUGUGCCCCUGGCUAUUCGUACAAGAAAUUGGUGCCAUCUGGUUUGCUUAUUAAUAACCUUUUACUCCAGUGGACUAAAUCAGGGUCACAUAGUAUUUCUUGGUAGUCUUAAACAAAUCUACUUUGAAACAAAAAUAUAAACCUAACACACAUGGUUAUGAGCUCAAAAAAAGAAGACACCUUGUACCAUGUCAGAUAUAGAGUUGAAAAAUAUGAAUAACUAUCCACCCAUUAGGUCACUGGGUCAUUUGACUGCAGGAAAGGGCUACUAUAAGGAAUUAUACUUGAUUUAUACGUUUACUUUUCAUUUUGAUACUUACGUAUAUUUUAGCAAUUACAUUUACUUUUGAUACUUAAGUAUAUUUAAAACCAAAUACUUUUAGACUUUUACUCAUGUGGUAUUUUACUGGGUGACUUUUUUACUCAAGUGUGACGAUUGGGUACUUUUUACACCACUGCAAAUGCAUUUGGUGUGUCAUAAUACUCAGGUGGAACAAACUUAAACUUGUGCCUUUUUUCAAUGCUGAUUUGAAUGUCAUUGAGAAAGCAGAAAGGUGUCAUAAUAUCUUUUAAAAGUAAUCCGAGAAGUAAUCAUCUAGUUUUUCAAAAGUAUCUGUAAUAUGAUUACAAUAUUUUUGUUGGUAACAUAACUGAACAAUUACUUCCCAACCGUGUGUGUGAAUGUGUGUGCAUGGUGCUAGUGCAUUUCACAAGAGAUGGACUCAUGCACUUAAACAGUCUGGCAUCAAUAGAUAGCAGAUGGCUGGAGGCUGUCUGUGGUUGAUACUGUAGCUACUGACACAUAUGUCAGUUAUGAUUGGUGUGCGCUGAUAAAAGGGAACUCUGUAUAUUUCAUAGUAUCUCUCUCUCUGUCUGUCUCUCUCUCUCUCUCUCUCUCUCUCUCUCUCUAUCUUCUCUUUCUCUUUCUCUGUUGGGGUGUCUCUUUGGUUUCGGUGGUUCCAUUCAAUCUUACGUCGUGUGGUUUGUGGAUUAAAGUACAAUUUAGUUUAGUCGUAUUUGGGAGUAUCUGUACUUUACUUUUCUGUUUGUAGUUUGGACAACUUUUACUUUUACUUCACUACAUUCCUAAAGAAAAUAAUGUACUUUUUACGCCAUACAUUUUCCCUGACACCCAAAAGUACGCGUUACAUUUUUAAAUGCUUAGCAGCACAGACAGGAAAGGUUCCAAUCAAGCACUUAUAAAAAAAGAGAACAUCCCUGCAUCUCUACUGCCUCUGAUCUGGCGGACUCACUAAACACAAAUGCUUUGUUUGUAAAUGAUGGUGUGUGUGUGGUUGGAGUGUGCCCCUGGCUAUUCGUACAAGAAAUUGGUGCCAUCUGGUUUGCUUAUUAAUAACCUUUUACUCCAGUGGACUAAAUCAGGGUCACAUAGUAUUUCUUGGUAGUCUUAAACAAAUCUACUUUGAAACAAAAAUAUAAACCUAACACACAUGGUUAUGAGCUCAAAAAAAGAAGACACCCUUGUACCAUGGUCAGAUAUAGAGUUGAAAAAUAUGAAUAACUAAUCCACCCAUUAGGUCACUGGGUCAUUUGACCUGCAGGAACGGGCUACUAUAAGGAAUUAUACUUGAUUUAUACGUUUACUUUUCAUUUUGAUACUUACGUAUAUUUUAGCAAUUACAUUUACUUUUGAUACUUAAGUAUAUUUAAAACCAAUACUUUUAGACUUUUAACUCAUGUGGUAUUUACCUGGGUGACUUUUUCUUACUCAAGUGUGAAAAUUGGGUACUUUUUACACCACUGCAAAUGGCAUUUGGUGUGUCAUAAUACUCAGGUGGAACAACCUUAAACUUGCCUUUUUUUUCAAUGACGGAUUUGAAUGUCAUUGAGAAAGCAGAAAAGGUGUCCAUAAAUAUCUUUAAAAGUAAUUCGAGAAGUAAUCAUCUAGUUUUUUCAAAAGUAUCUGUAAAUAUGACUUACAAUAUUUUUGUUGGUAACAGAAAUUCCCCCGAACCAUUAUACUAUUUACUUCCAACCUUCCCAAACCGUGGGUGAUGUUGAAUGUUGUGUUGCAUGGUUGCUAGUGCAUUUCACAAGAAGAUGGGACUCAAUGCACUAAAACAGUCUGGCAAUCAUAGAUAGCAGAUGGCUGGAGGCCGUCUGUGGUUGAUACUGUAGCUACUGACCAAUAUGUCAGUUAUGAUUGGUGUGCGCUGAUAAAAGGGAACUCUGUAUAUUCAAGUGGACCGUAGAGAGUCGACGGGGACGGGAGGGGCGCAGUGGGGCGGUGGUUGGUGGGGGUUUGGGUGGGAAGGGAGAGUCGAGUGAGAGAGAAGAGAGGAGAGAGAGAGAGAGAGAGGAAGAGGGAAGAGUACUAUUAUGUUAAUGAUGAGAGUAUGGGAGAGAGCAGCCGAAUUCGACGCAGAUCCAGAGAGUGAGAUCUGAUAGCGUGAGACGAGUAGAGAGAAGAGGAGAUAGAUGAUGCGGGUCACGGGGGAGGACCCCCUUUGGACGGAGGCGGCUAGAGAGAGAGGGAGAGAGAAGAGAGGGAGGCGUGGGGGGGGAGAGAGAGAGAGAGAAGAGGGAAGAGAGAAGAGUUAGUUAUACUCUGCGUAAGGGGAGAUUAGAGAGGAGGAGGAGAGAGAGGAAAGGGAAAGAGAGGAGGAGAGAGAGAGGAGGAGAGAGAGGAGGAGAGAGAGAGAGAGAGAGUAAGAGAGAGAGGGAGGGAGAGAGAGGAGCGAGGUGAGAGAGACGAGAGAGCGAGAUGGGAGAUAGCGAGAGAGUGAGAGAGAGAGAGAGAGAGAGAGAUCAGCGAUAUAUAGAUAUGAGAGAGAGGGAUAUAUGCGUACCAGAAUAUAAUGUAUGUGUAUUAGGUAGACUAGGGACUAGAGCGAGUCUAGCGAGAGAGGUCGAGCGAGAGAGUAUAGAGUAGUAGCUAGAUGUAGGAGAGCGAGAGAUGAUCGCUCUCUAUCUCUCUCUCUUUCUCUCUCUCUUCUUUUCUCUCUUCUCUUUCUCUUUAUCUCUUCUCUUCUCUUCUUUCUAUUCUCUUUCUUCUCUUCUGUCUCUCUCUCUCGCUCUUUCUCUUCUCUCUUUCUCUUUCUCUUUUCCCCUCUCUAUAUCUCUUCUCUUCUCUCUGUUUUCUCUCUUCUCUGUUUACCUCUGGACCAAAAACCAAAAGUAUGUGGACACCUGUAUGUGAACAUCUCAUUCCAAAAUCAUGGGCAUUAAUAUGGAGUUGGUGCCCCUUUGUGCUAUAACAGCCUUUCACUCUUCUGGGAAGGCUUUCCACUAGAUGUUGGAAAAAUUUCUGCAGGGACUGUGUUCCAUUCAGAUGGACUCAGCACCUUAAACAGUUGGCAUCAAUAAUAGCAGAUGGCUGGAGGGGCCCUUGGGUUGAUAGUAGUACUGACAAUAUGUCAGUUAAUGGUUGGUAAAAGGGGGGCUUUGUUUUUUUCCUCCCUUUGGCUCUUUCCUUCCCUUGAUUUUUUUUUUGUUAUAUUUUUAAAAAAAAGAAUAAAAAAGGAGGAAAUUUAUGAAAGGGGGGGAAAAAAUUUGGGGGGGUUAAUAAAUUUUAAAUUUUUUAAAAAAUGUCUUUUAUAUCUUUUUUUUUUAAUUUCUAAUCUUAUAUUAUCUAUCCUUUUUAAAAAACCCCGGGAGUAUCUAUGUAUAUAGAUAUUAUUCAUCUAUCUAUAUAUAUAUGUCUACUACUAUACUAUCUCUCUCUUUAUAUAUAUAUAUCGUUAUCUUCUAUGUUACCUCUCUCUUCUAUCUCCUCUAUCUCUUCUCUCUCUCGUGUAUAGAUAUAUGUACUGUCUCUAUGUCUGAGCGGCUCUCUCUCUCUAUCUAUGUCGCUCUCUCUCUCUCUCUCUCUCUCUCUCUCUACUCUAUCUCUCUCUCUCUCUCUCUCUCUCUCUCUCUCUGUCUGUCUCUCUGUCUCUCUCUCUCUGUGUCAUACACUACAUGACCAAAAGUAUGUGGACACCUGUAUGUGAACAUCUCAUUCCAAAAUCAUGGGCAUUAAUAUGGAGUUGGUCGCCCCUUUGCUGCUAUAACAGCCUACACUCUUCUGGGAAGGCUUUCCACUAGAUGUUGGAACAUUGCUGCAGGGACUUGCUUCCAUUCAGCCACAAGAGCAUUAGUGAGGUCGGGCACUGAUGUUGGGAGAUUAGGCCUGGCUCGCAGUCACCGUUCCAAUUCAUCCCAAAGGUGUUCGAUGGGGUUGAGGUCAGGGCUCUCUUUGCAGGCCAGUCAAGGUCUUCCACACCGAUCUCGACAAACCAUUUCUGUAUGGACCUCGCUUUGUGCACGGGAGCAUUGUCAUGCUGAAACAGGAAAGGGCCUUCCCCAAACUGUUGCCACAAAGUUGGAAGCACAGAAUCGUCUAGAAUGUAAUUGUAUGCAGCAGCGUUAAGAUUUCCCUUUACUGGAACUAAUGGGCCUGAACCAUGAAAAACAGCCCCAGACCAUUAUUCCUCCUCCACCAAACUUUACAUUUGGCACUAUGCAUUCGGGUAGGUAGUGUUCUCCUGGCAUCCGCCAAAUCCAGAUUUGUCUGUCGGACUGCCAGAUGGUGAAGCGUGAUUCAUCCCUCCAGAGAAUGCGUUUCCACUGCUCCAGAGUCCAAUGGCAGCGAGCUUUACACCACUCCAGCCGACACUUGGUAUUGUGCAUGGUGAUCUUAGGCUUGUGUGCGGCUGCUCGGCCAUGGAAACUAAUUUCAUAAAGCUCCCGACGAACAGUUAUUGUGCUGACGUUGCUUCCAGAGGCAGUUUGGAACUCUGUAGUGAGUGUUGCAACCGAGGACAGACGAUUUUUACACACUACGCGCUUCAGCACUCUGCGGCCCCGAUCUGUGAGCUUGUGUGGCCUUUCACUUCGCGGCUGAGCCGUUGCUCCUAGAUGGUUCCACUUCACAAUAGCAGCACUUGACCGGGGCAGUUCUAGCAGGGCAGACAUUUGACGAACUGACUUGUUGGAAAGGUGGCAUCCUAUGACGGUGCCACGUUGAAAGUCACUUAGCUCUUUAGUACAGGCCAUUCUACUACCAAUGUUUGUCUAUGGAGAUUGCAUGGCGGUGUGCUCGAUUUUAUACACCUGUCAGCAACGGGUGUGGCUGAAAUAGCCAAAUCCACUCAUUUGAAAGGGUGUCCACAUACUUUUGUAGUGUAUUUCUACUCUGCUGCUUUCACAUAUUCUGUCUGUCUUGUCAUUCUAAUGAAUAUAAACAAAUCUUGUUGUAUUUGUCUUUCUUCCAGAGACACCUCUCCCCAGAGGACUUCCACCAUGUCUUUGGGAUGACCCUGGAUCAGUUUGACCGCAUGGCCCUUUGGAAGAAGAAUGACAUGAAAAAGAAAGCACGCCUUUUCUAA